AUGCUUUCGUGUGCUGGAGCUGAUAGGCUUCAGACUGGUAUGAGAGGUGCUUUUGGAAAGGCUUUGGGUACUUGUGCUAGGGUUGCGAUUGGUCAGGUGCUUUUGUCUGUGAGGUGUAAGGAUGCUCAUGGUCAUCAUGCUCAAGAGGCUUUGAGGAGGGCUAAGUUUAAGUUUCCUGGUCGUCAAAAGAUUAUCGUCAGCAGGAAAUGGGGAUUCACUAAGUUUAACAGAGCAGAGUUUACGAAGUUGAGGCAAGAGAAGCGUGUUGUUCCUGAUGGUGUUAAUGCUAAGUUCCUUUCAUGCCAUGGACCUUUGGCUAACCGUCAGCCUGGAAGUGCAUUUUUGCCAGCCACCUAUUGAAGUUUCAGAGCUGAAUUAUAUCUAGUCUGAUACUUUUUUAUCCUUGAAAGUAUUAUCUUACAGUAUUUUUGGACACAAGUUUUAGUUGGACACAUUCAGUAUUCUGAAUAUUUUUGAAAUGACAUCGUCUUCUUUAUAUGUUUGGCCAGUUACCUUCCUUUCCAAGUUUUGUUAUUGGCUCUGAGUUCUCGUUGCCAAACCUUUGUCUAUCACUUUCUACAAAACAAGUGAAAUCAAAUUAUUUGAA